UCAGCAGAUUUACGCACCUGUGACGCUGCAGAGAUGGUGUCAAACGUGCAGGUAAGUUUUUUUUUUUACUCUUAAAUCUGAUUAAUUUUAAUCUUUAAACACUUGAACAUCCUUCUUCAUCUGUUUUAGUGACUGAGCAGACAGACAGCAGGAUCACAUCUCCUUUAAAAAUAUCUUUUAACUCUGAUCAUUUUUGUCUCAUUCGUGUUUUUGUUUGUUAACUGAGUUAUUUACGUCUUUCUCGACAAAAAUGUGCCCAGCUCCGUUUUAUUAUUGUCUCCUGAUUUCAGGAAAAGUGCUGCAGAAAUAAUAAAUCCAGAGGGAUGUUCGGAGCUCAUGUUUCUCCUCCCGGUCCUGUUCUCUGUAUUUCCGUGAAGGUAAGUGUCUCUAAACUCUAAACACCUGUCUGUCUGUCUCAGAGAUCGUGUCCAAACUCGCUGCUUUGUUUGUGUUUCUCUUAAUGAACAAAAUUUAAAUUCAUUUAAAGAACAAAAAGUUGAUUUUAAAGUCAGAAGAGGAUCCAGAGAACAGCGCGAUAAAAUCAGGCCUGUGUGGCUUCAAACAUACAAACUCUGACAUUUUUGUGAUGUUAUUUUUGCAGCUAAAACUUCAAGUUAGAAAUAAUCUCUGUGAGUAAAAACAUGGAGGAGUUCAGUCUUCAUUCAUGAUGGUUGGAGAUCUUGGAGAGUUGUCCUCAUGGCGCAGAGUGAAGACAGAUCAGACUCAGACAGGAGGAGGAAACUGUCAGAAAGGUUUUAUUUAUAAAUUAAAGUUUAAUUCUGUGUCUGAUAAACAUGUUGUUUAAAAGAUUUUAGUAAAGUGAUGAUUUUCCUCCUCAUCUUCACGCUCAGAUGACUUUUAAUCAGAGUAGAUCAGUGAAAACUCUUCAUCUGUGCUCUUAUUUUGAAAGGGAGUAUUCUGUGAUUGAGUUUCCUUCAGUCUGAUGAUCACUCUCUCCUUCUUCUUCUUCUUCUUCUUCUUCUUCUUCUUUUAUUUCAGUUAAUGAUUUAUGGAGUCCAGUCUCUGAAUGUUUGUCUUUAUACUGGUUAGACUGGUUAUAUUGGAGCGAGCAUCACGGGGAGACAGAGCGGCGUCUUCUGCGUCAUCACACACACACACACACACACACACACACACACACACACACACACACACACACACACACACACACACCUCCAAGCUGCUCCUGUGUGUGUGUGUGUGUGUGUGUGUGUGUGUGUGUGUGUGUGUGUGUGUGUGGGCCUUGAACUUGAGCUCAUUACAUCUGUCGGUCUUUCUGUCUGUACCCCCCCCCCCCCCGUGUUAAACUUGACCUUGACCUUGACCCUCAGGGGCCUGCCCCCCCUCAGACCACACUAUGGGACACAGACUCUCUGUCUGUCUGUUUGGUUUCUGAUGUUGUUUUCUGCAGGAUCUGAAGUUUUUUUUAUAAAUAUAUAAACAUCUUUAAAAUCUCAAACACUCUUCCUUCUCCUCCUCAUCUCUAAUCACGUGAUCUUGUUGCGCGUCCUCAUCUCUGAGUCCUUAUCAAACGGAUUAGUCCUCUUAUUCAGAGUGACUCCUGUUUUCAUCCUGGGCCUGUUUCUUGAAUGUUCUCGCGAUAUUCAGAGUUUGACUCAAAAGUGAAAUUAAACGGUUUUAUUUUAUGUCUCCUCUGGAUCUGUAACCUGCACAGACAGAUCUGAAAAUACUGAGGAUUCAGAAAAACACUUUGACUGCAGCAAAAACUGAAGAGUUAAAAUAUGACUGAUGAUGACGAUCAUGAGAUUCACAUGUCUGCAGAGUAAACAUGUUAAAGCUCCAAAACAGCAGGUUUGCAGAAACUCAAAGUGUUUAAUAAUAAAGAUGUUUUUAGGAUAUGAAUGAAGAGACCUCGAUGCUGCAGCUCAGGAGGAAAUAUCACUUUUAUAUCCGAAAGGAGAUUAACUCAUCAUCCCUGUUCGAUAUCAGACCGUCAAGUCUUUGAGUAAAGACUCCGACACGACUGUCUGUCUGUCCAGGAGUGUAAUCUGAAUUUAAACAUUUAUUAUUCUGUAUGAACCGAAGCUCCGUUCAGAUAAAAAUUAAGUUUCAUAGAAAAGCAAAGAAAAUAUCAGAGCACAUGGAAACUUGCGUAACUGAGAGGUGACAUAUAAAAUGAUGAAUAAUCCCUGAUAUUUGGAGAAAAACGAUCCAACUGAUGAUGAAGAAUUUUAGUUUAAACUGAUUUAUUUUUUAUUUAGUGUUGAUCAGAGUCAGAUUAUUUCUAAUUUAAUAUUUUUCUGUAGGAUAAAAAUUUAAAGUCCAAACUUUCGACCAGAGAAAAAUAAAAACAUUUAAAUAAGAGUGUAAAAUCAUAAACCAAUACCUUCUCUUAUCUAAACCGAACAUGUCUGAACUUACUAAAGAUAAUUAUCGUUUCAGUCCCUUAUCUGUGCUGCUCUCUGUGUCUCUCAUCGUCACCUGGAUCAGAGUCUCACCUGACAGGAAAAAUAACCUGCUGUCUUUUUUUGAUAUUUUUUUAUAUAUUAAAUCUCAUUUUUAAACAUUAAAGCUAAUUUAGUAAAUGUGGACUUCAUCAGCUCCUGUAGUUUCAGCGUAAAAAUAGUUAAACUUCAGAUCAAACUGCGCAUUUCCAGAGACCGCGAACAGAUAAAAAUGCGCAAAAAUAAGAAAAUGAAAGAAGAAAAUAACAGAAACAGACUCAGAGUGACAGAGACUUAAAGCUCGUUUUUUUUCACACAUACAGAGGUUGUUAUCUUCAGGUGUGUAAGGUGAUAAUUAAACCUUUAAAUACUGAUAAAUAAGUUCGAUCUUUAAUUUCAGGUGAUUGGUAAAAAUAUGGCGUCCAAUAGACGCUCAGCUGAGACAUCCCUGUCCUUCAAUAAUAUAAUAUAAUAUAAUAUAAUAGAUUAUAAUAGAAUAGUUGCUCCUUACUCUAUUUUUUUAACGUCGUCUUCGCUGUUUGCAGCUCCUCUAAACGCCAAACUGUUCUGUUGUAAACAUUAAGAUCUCCUGACUUCGAAUUUAAACACUAAAACUUUCUUUAUUUUAACAUAACUUUACAUUAAUGCAGAAAGUGGAUCUUUAAACAUGUGGAGGUUUAAACCCAGUCUGAGACCUUUCUAAUAAACCAAAAGGCUGAAAUGAAGAGGCUGAAGGUCGCUCUUGAACUGAAGCCAUUUCUCUCUCUCUCUCUCUCUCUCUCUCUCUCUCUCUCUCUCUCUCUCUCUCUCUCUCUCUCUCUCUCUCAAACCUUCAAAACCUCCAAAUCUCCCUCAUUAAUCUGCUUCACGCUUCCUCCACUCAUCAGAGAGACACACGGACACUGGUCCGAGUCUGAGAGGUCGGUCCAAGAGGGUCCAGUUAGUUUUUAAUAAUUACAGGUUUCUCUGGAUUCAGUUAUAGAUAUUUUUGAUACUUUUAUUGCAGCAUAAACUUCCUUCCUCGUCUUUGGCAGCGUCUCUUACAGUCUUUAAAAGUCUCCAUAACUCUGAACAUUUUAAAUAAAAACAAUCAUGGGGAAUAUUCAGAACAAAGUGUCGUUUUGUUUUAUUAUUUUAGAGUCAAAAAUCUUUUUAAAGAUGAAUAUUUAAUCUGAAACCAAUCAGCUGUUUCCAGUUCUUUCUCUUUGGCACCGUGCGUCUUUACGCACAGACCCAGAUCAUGUGAAGUGAUUUUUUUCCUUAAAUCUCAUAGACCUGUCAAUCAUCAGGAGAUCAGAGACUCCAGUCUGACAUGAUGCAGCUGCACGAGGACCCUCGGCACGUUCACGGAGCUGCACCACUGCACGCAGCUCAUGCCCCUCUCGUGCCACAGCUCGAGCCUCGUAAAAACAUUUUUUCUUUGACUGACAAUCUCCAACAAGACUCUUCUUCUUCUCCUUCUCCUCCUUUUUUUUUCUCAUGUCUCAUCACGUGAUCAUCCAGUCUCAUCCAAUAGACACGCGCCCCCCCUCCCUCUCCCGCUCCCGGGGGCUCGUUGCGUCAAGGCUGCGGCUGAAAUGUAACAGGAGGUCCGGCCGGUUUACCGGGACUCUUUGCCUCGAGCGAGCACCGUCACUGAGCAGUGCAGCUAGGAGGCGCGUGCAAUGACAGUGCGCGCGACGGUACAUGAGAAUCACCUGAGCCGCGAGUGAGCACGAGGAGAGGAGAGAUCGAUGCUCAACCUGCGAAACUCCUUCAGCCAAUGUAGCAGCAGCUGAGCGCGCGGCAGCGGACAGACUCUGAGAGGAACCGGAGAGGAACCGAGACCAGACCGGGAACAGGAGCGCAUAUGACCGCCUCCCUGGUCCUCAACCCUCGCUGGCCAGCGGACACGGUGAUGUUUGUGUAUGACAACAACCUGGACGACCUGAACAAGAACAUGGAGGGGCUGGUGGGCAGCGGCAACUUCGCCGCGAGCCAGUGCCGCAACAUCAUGGCGCACUCCGCGGCCGCCGCUGCUCUGGGCGGCCACCCGUCCGGCCUCGUGCACUCCUCGGCCGGAUACUCCACGGUGGAUGUGUCCGCCUCGAGCGCCUCUGAGUCUGGAACGUCUUCGGGGAAGCAGUGCGCGGCUGGACCGUGCCCUGCCGCGGCCGUGCCGCAUCAGAGCUCCUCUGCCGCCACCGCGUUACCGUACAGCUACUUUGGUAACGGCUACUAUCCGUGCAGGAUGGGGCGGGGUUCCCUCAAGUCCUGCACCCAGGCGGCCGGAGCCGCCGCGCUCAGUUCUCAGUACAUGGACACCACGGUGAGUUCGGACGACUACUCGAACCACCGGGCCAAAGAGUUCGCCUUCUAUCACGGCUACCCGAGUCCGUACCAGUCCAUGGCGAGCUACCUGGACGUGUCUGUGGUCCAGACUCUGGGCACCGGAGAGCCGCGCCAUGAUACCCUGCUCCCCAUGGACAGCUACCAGCCCUGGGCUCUGACCAACGGCUGGGGGGGACAGAUGUACUGCUCCAAGGACCAGGGACAGGCCGGGCACCUCUGGAAGUCCGCGCUGGCCGGUAAGAGACUCAGAUUUUAAUAUUUUAAUAAUAAUAAAAAUUAUAUAUUUAAAGGAACAUGACAACAUUUUUCAAAAGGCCUGAACAGACUCGUGUGUGUUAUUGUUUUUGUAAAGAGAGUAAAUCCAGACUGAUCCAAACACUCAUGAAUCAGAUCCUAAAAAUAGAGCUCAUGAAUGUGGAGUAAAGUCACGCGUGGAGAGCUCUGUCUGUAAUCUGUUUUAUUCUCCUGUUAAUCACUCCUCCGGUGUCUGAGCUGUUUCUGUGCAACUGGUGCGUAAAAGUAGAAAAAGAUGAUGAUACUGGGAGUUACUAUUAUUAUUAUUAUUAUGACCUGUCAGUGGAAACCAGGAUAUUUGUUUCUGCCUCAUCAUGCAAAUGAAGGCUCGUUAUGAAUCUAAAGGUCACGUGUUGUCUCGUGCAUGUGUUCCAAUGAUAAUUACGAGCUCUCGUACACAUGUUGGGUUGUCAACACAGCGAUAAAACCCUCGGUGAGGAUCCAUCAUUAUCCUGUUAUUACUGAUUUGAUUAUUGCUGAUAUUAAAAAUGCACGUGUUCAGUUUGGACCUAAAAUGACUGAAGGAGAUCCUGAAUCGUUUCUUGUGCAUAAAAGCAAAAACCUGCGUGUGUUUGUCUGAGGACUGUGUGUGCAGCAGAGAGUAGAUCUCCUCCAUGUUGUUUAUCUGUCGCAGCACGGCUGACCAAUCAGCUCCAAUCAUGAACUGUCUGUCCUCUAAACGCGCGCAGCUCGCUCUCUCCCUCUCUCUCUCGUGUCUGUGAAAGACUUAAUUUAAAAGCCAUCAGCCUGUCUGUCCCUCAGCCCUCUUCUUCUUCUUCUUCUUCUCUCUCCCUCACAGAUGUGGUGGCUCAUCAGCACGACGGCUCGCCUUUCCGCCGCGGCAGGAAGAAGCGGAUCCCGUACACCAAGGUGCAGCUGAAGGAGCUGGAGAAAGAGUACGCGGCCAACAAAUUCAUCACCAAGGACAAGAGGAGGAAGAUCUCCGCCGCCACCAACCUGUCGGAGCGGCAGAUCACCAUCUGGUUCCAGAACCGGAGGGUGAAGGAGAAGAAGUUCGUGGCCAAAGUGAAGAGCAGCGCGCCGUAGCAUGAAGGCUCGUCCGCUCUGGACAGUGAGAUGAAGGAUGUUACUGUGUGUGUGUGUGUGUGUGUGUGUGUGUGUGUGUGUGUGUGUGUGUGUGUGUGUGUGUGUGUGUGUGUUACAUGAAGAAGAAUGAACUGAGAGGAAAAUGAAGAAACUCGACGGUACUCCUGAUGGACUAUGGCUGUGCGUAAAAGCGCGUCAACAAAUGGAAGAAGAAUAAAAAACGAGGACAUAAGAGACACAAGAGGAGAAAGAAAGAAGAGAACCAAAGCCCUCUCUCCUUCUCUCUCUCUUCUCUCUCUCUGUACAUACAGCACCUUCCUGCCUGCUUCGAUGUUCCUGUCUGUCUCCUGUCUGUGUUUUACUCUUUGUCAGUGUUGUCCGUGUAGCCAAAAACACACACACACUUAUUAUGCUGUUCAUACUGUUUAUAACGCCUGUAAGCCAGUAAUCAAAGUAUAGUGCAUCACUUAAUAAAUACCUUUAAUCCCG